AUGAAAGUUCUUCUGGGACUCCUGCUUCUCUUGGCCUUGACCACAUCUUCAAGUGCAAUUUACUGUGUCUGCAAAGAUGGAAUAGGAGACCCAGAGCUUCAAACAUCAAUAGACUAUGCAUGUGGAACCUUAGCAGACUGUAAUCCAAUCCAUGAAAAGGGUCCUUGUUAUCAGCCCAACACCAUCAAAAGCCACUGUGAUUGGGCUGUUAACAGCUACUUCCAGAAAGCAGCUCAAGUCUCUGGGAGCUGCAAUUUCUCCGGCACUGCCACUACCAAUCAAAACCCACCUACAAAUUUGGCUAGUGGUUGCAUAUAUCCUUCAAGCCCUAGCUCUGCAGGGUCGCCUCCUUCAACGACACCACCAACGAACGGAACAACUCCAUUUCCGGGAACUCCGACAAACGGAACUACUCCAUUUCCGGGAACUCCGUUUCCAGGUACUCCGUUUCCGGGAAGUCCUCCUGCAUUUGGUCCAACAGGAGUCUUUAACCCAGGCAAUGGUGCUUCCAGUUUGGUCAUUUCCUCUGUUUUCACACUCUGUUUCUCAUCACUAGCGUUUCUAUGGGGGUUCUGA